CUUGUUUAUCUCAUUCGCGGUCACGCAAAAUUACGGCCGUCUACAGGCUGCCCAAAUUAUGGGUGCUGUAAACGAGUUAUGUGCGGAAUUUCAUCCAUAACUAGCAUUUAACUACUGCUCAGACAACAGGCUCACAGCUGUUAUCCAAGAGGGUUAUCAUAGACUAAAGCCUAUUCUACUUAUUCGUGUGAAAGCAUUUAUUCAUUGAAAGAAACCCGAUUUAUGCGGGGAGUUUAAAAAUGUCCCGUGAUUGUUCGCCCCCGUUUUCCCAUAAUGCUUGUGCGUAUCAGGGCUAAAUUACGGUUUCAAUGUUUAUAUACAUCCAACUAUAACUUUUCAAUCUCAGAUCACUUGAAAAAUAUUAAUUAAUAUGACAGAUGGUCUAACUGCUGAAAAGUUAGCAGAGAUAAAGAAUUACGAAGAGCAAAUGUUUGAUUACUUCUCUCAUUAUUCCACAAAAUUACGCGAAUGGUAUGCAAAUGGUGGAGAACAGUCAGAAGAAUAUACGAUUCAGUGCAACAAACUUAAUGAAGAGUACCAUAGAUACCUAAAAUAUGCACAGAGAUUGCGAAGUAUGACUGUGUCUGGAUAUGACUGCUGUCAGCAAGCAUCUGAAGUAGUCUUCCAUCAAGCUCUUCCAGACCAAAUUCAGGAUCUAACAAAUACUGGUGCUGACAAUUCAAAUCCUGUGUUCACUGCGUCCGCUGCCGCUGACUACACGCGUUACUAUCAAAAUAUGAUAAACUACUUUAAUAAUCUCUUGGCUUCUGUACAACAGAGUGAUUCUAAUUGCGGUGAGAGUUCAGAUGACGAAAACCUGGAUAGAAAAGAAGAAGUUAAGUCCCUAGCACAUGUUGGGUUCGAAAACUAUACAUCCCAACUUUCGAAGGAAACCGAAAUGGCUGUGAGUGACAACUCCACUGUGCUGGACCCUUGUUCUGACCCCGACGCUGUUAUGAAGGAAUAUUUUGACCGUUAUGUUGAAGCCGGAGAGUGGGACUGGGCGUCUUGGAACAACUAUCUCAGUUGGAUCGCACGCACGAAUCCUCAAUGACUGGAAUGACAUGUAUGAAAAAUGGGCAUAUUCGGUUUCUGGAGAUUCCAGGUGUCAAAAACCACCAUUCGCGCUUCACUACUCCUCUGAUCCGAGUUCUGCAUCCGUUAACCACUACCAAGUUAGAAAUACCUCAUCUCUUAUUAGUUCUGAGCAAGAUGCUAAUGAAGAUAAUGAAAACGACUGGACUUACUGUUCAACUUGUGACCAAAACUUUGGUACUGAACGUGCAUUUACACUGCACUUACGUGGUAUUAUGCAUACACGAAGAAUUCUUCAAUCCAGUGAAAUGUAUGAAGCUGAUUUUGCUGUCCCAGAGGAAAACUGGGAGACAAAACACCAUAAAUGGUUGAAAUCUCAGUAUCUUAAUAAUGGUCAUUCUGUUGUGGGGUUUUCUGGUUCCUUCUUUUGUGAGUUGUGCGAAGUCGAAUUCCCGUCCCAUAAGUCACUUGGUUCACAUCUUAAUGGACGUCGACAUCUAGAGAAUGUUUCUAUUUACGAAUCGACUGGUGACCGUUCUCUGUUGAAGGGCAAGCGUAAAGCACCAGUUAAAGUCUCAGCUAAAAUACAACCUUUGCUGGAUGUGUGUACACAACCGUUAAUUGGUCUCAACUAUAUGAUCGAGUACCAGGUCCAGGAAUUAGACGAAUGUCUGUACAUGUGUAGUCUUUGUAACCAGUGGUUACCACGGAAAUCGGUGAUUGGCCACUUGUGCAGUGUCGUCCACAGAAAAACAUAUCUUAAUACAUAUUAUUUACCUCUGUUUAGGAUUACUGAUCGUGAUUACAGUGAUAAAUCACUUCAAGCAUAUAGACUGGAAGUAUAUGCUCGGAAGAUUGAGGAUUUUGAAGGUAGAAAACGUCUUAUUAUUAAACAGUACUCUGUAACUGAUCUCGAUCUUCAAAGUGAAAUUAUACACUUGAUACAAGAACACAGUGAGACACGUCUUUUAAAAGAAAAAAAACUUUCUAGAUCACCUCAUUCCGUAGGUGAUCAAUCCGUAUAUGAUACUUCAGUUUCAGCUGAUCUCGAAGAAGGCGAGAUAAGAGAAGAUUCUUCUGAUGAAGAAACAGAAGUUAGUGAAGAAGGCUCUCCAGAUUCCAAUUCGAGUUUCUAUACUCGUUAUAAUGUUAUCCUGAAGUCUAUUGGUAAAAAGAGGAAUAAUGAUACAAAGGAACUCAGCAUAAAAUCUCAAUUCGUUAUGAAUGUUAUGGCAUCCGAAAAUAAAGUUGAACGGCCUGAUGGUGAAUCUACGGAUGAAACAACUAUCACGGAUGAUGAUUGCGAAAAAUACAUCAUGGAUUUAGAGGAGAAAGGUUUGUUGCGACUAAAGGCAAAGAAGUCAAACUUUAAGGUGCGAAAGGACUCCGUUUAUACAGAACAAUUCACGAAGGAAGUUGACUGGGUCUUGGAGAAAUUGAAACUUUCAAAAUGCAAACAUGAAGAAAAUAUACGACAGACAGCUGCUGAUAUAUCUGCAGCAGCCAGAAUAAAAGCUGCUAAAUUACAAAAUCCAGAGAAUUUCACAGUUCACCAGCAUGUAUUCAUACACCAUUCCUCUUUUUAUCAUUAUUAUGAUAAAUCUAGGUCCGAAAACAAUGUAAUGUUACCAUCUCUAACAGCACCAGUAGGACCAGUAGCGCCUGUGGGUAUGAACUACAACUAUCCACUACCAAAUAAUACUGAUAAUUCAAAUGAGAGCAAGAAAAUCGCCGGUGAAAGCAAUGAUCGAAUCGCUCUAUCCAGCAGUGCAUUUAAUGUUAUAUUGUCAGCUAUCGAUGCCUUAAAGUCUUCUGGUCAGUUACCUAAUGAAGUAAAUCUAACUUUAAAGCAAAGUAAUAAAAGUCCACAGAAAAAUAUCACUUCCAACCAACCAACAAUUGUUAAACGAAAUCAUCAGUUCAACUUGUCUUUGCACAGUCAAAUAUCAGAAGAACCCAAACAAGCAAUGUAUUGUAUGCCGGUGUCAAUUAGCAGUACAUCUGCGGCUAUGACUAUGCCGUACCCCAACCCUCUUGCUAAUAAUGUUUCAGCACCAACAGAUUAUGAAUUAGUUCACUGUCGUUCACGUUCUCCACAAGAUGUGAGGGGAUGCACUCAGAAUCAACAGGUCCUGACACCUUCACUUAGUCGACAUAUGCUAAACAAUCUUUCUUUCAAGUCACUUGUCAGCACCCAAGAACCACCAAAUGAAAUGCAUCAACCAGCACUAAACUGUACAAGAAAUGAUGAAAAAAUGUUCGAUGCAUACAGCAUCUUUUCAAAACGCUCUGAACGUAAAGAAGCUCAAAAGCAAAGUUGGAUAAAAACUCCAAAAUACUUUAAACGUGGUGGUAUGCGAAAUGAAGAUCAUGGAUCGACACCCACAUCUCAGUUUAACAGUGGAAGAAGACUGUCAGCUAUUGCCGACUUCUUAGGUGUUAAUGAACCACCCACUGAAAGAAAAAGAAUUACGUCAUCUAAUCAAUCAGAUAAUAGUCUAAUCACCACUCAAUCCCAUCUAGUUUAUUCUUCAAGUAACAUGCCACAGCAUUUAACUACAAAUAGUCAUGCGUCAUAUUUGGAGCCUGUUUACCCGACCACACACAAUAUCCAGGUUCCUUGUCAAAAUACUCCUUCAUUUCCUUGUAAUAUAAUGAAUAUCAGGGGACCUUCUCCUUCUGGUGGUGCUCGUAAUUCCUAUCCAACCUCCAUUUUUCACCCACGUCCUGGUUAUGGGUCCACUUGGCCAAUUCAUGCUAAUCCCAAUUUUUCAGCAUCAAAUCUCUCACAAACAUUGGAGUUGAUUAACCAUAAUUUUUUUUUCCGACAGUGACUCAAAUUCACUGACUUAUUUUCCCAGUGCGAUAUACCAAUCGACCAAUGCUUUUGUACAUUAAAUGAUUAAUGAAACUUUAGCUUUGUACAUACAGAUGAUAUAUAUAUAUAUAUGCCAAAUUUCGUGAAGUAAUCUCCUACUUUGUAAAUUUCCCAAAUUUACCACUGGAUAUAAAUUUAUUGUGAUUUCUAUAUUCUUGAAGGUGACUGUUCAGCAUAUAAGGAAGUUCUCAUGCAUAUUUAGUGAACAACCACUCACUUUUAUGGCUAUUGGCGAUGAGCCAUGCCUACCGUGUAAUAUCUAGUGAUCCUGCCUGGUGUAUCAGAACUCUGUGAGUGAAGUUGAGCACGUGGGAUAAAAAGACUAAGCGGUAGCAGAAGCAUGUCUAAUAUUAGGUGUGGAUGACUUAUAGUGUUUUUUUUAUUAGGAAUAUAUAACAUGUGUACUACUCUACCCCCAGUAAUUUUAUUGCAUAAUAUUCAGGUAUUUUCACACGGUUUGCUGGCAUCCGAUUCAACUGCUGUUGAAAUCAAUCCGAUUCUCACUUAUGAAUGGUGGUAAUAUUCAUGCUACACCACUCUUGAUCUUUUCAGUAGUUUUACUUAAAAAUUGAGUGUUUGUAGCAGUAGUCGACAAAGGAUUGAGGGAAUUAGUGACUGGAAAUUUUGAUUUCGUUAGCCUAGCCAAAAGCUGACAGGAAUUCUUACCUAAUUACCUUUAACUAUGAGUGUUAAAUGACGUAAAAAUACCUAACCACAUACAUAGGAGUAACAGAAAAGUCUGCAGUAAACUACUCUCUUCCUUGAAAUCUUGUUUUCCGCUUACGAUCCCAUCGGGGAUCGAACUUAGAAACUUUAGGUUUUAUGCAAGCUUGCUAAACAUUCAGCCACUGAGACAGAAUCCAGUGGCCCAUCAGUCUAACUUCUUUCAAUUUAGGAUUUAUAACGCAACCACCAUACACUGCCAUCGAUGAAUACUUAACCCAAACUAGGACAAAGCAACUGUUCAGUGAUUCCUAGUUCUGUAACUGUUGUUGUCUGACUUGACAUCCACUAUAUUCCUACGACCAAACACUUGAAAAGAAUAUCACAGCGUUUUUUAAAUAUAGUUGCACGUUUUCCUCCGCUUAUAUUUACAAUUAUGUUUUGCUAAAUAAAAUUCGACUCUACCGUGUAACAAUUUGUUAUACCAACCAAACAUCACGAUUUAAUGAUAACCGCUCUGGGUAUUUUUGUCUAUCCCAGCCACUUUGUUUCACCCAGUGAACUAAAGUCUGUUAAAUUAGUAUUACAGACAGCUAUCAAAAUUUUGUUUUAAAAUUGUUGCUGCUCUUUUCGAGUUUACAUAUUUAUGUAAUUACUCU